UUUUCUCUUGUCUGUAUGUAAUUUGCUUCUUCCAAAACAAAUGGAGAAAAUUGGGCAGCUUACAUUUACAGCUCCAAUUCCAAUUCCACUAUCAUCAUCAUCAUCAUCAUCACAAUCAGGAACUCAAUUUGUUAGUCCACUGUUACUCAUCCAUUCUUCUAAUAAAAAUUCACUGAAAUUGCAGCAAGAACAGCCCCAAUACUUCAAAGGAAAUGGGAUGAGGAGGAGGAAAAUUGAUUUCACUCAUCAAAUCAUUACCAAUGCAUCAUCAUCAUUAUCACCAUCUCUCACUACUAAUGGCAGCAGCAACAUCUUGGAAAUUAGUGAGAUAAAAGAGAAUUCUAAGAAAUGGAAAUGGAGGGGAGAGUACUCUAUCAAUUACUUUGUGGUUCAAUCCUCUUCUUCUGCUAAUGGUUCUUUGAAUCCUCCUUUGCUUCUAAUCCAUGGAUUUGGUGCAUCCAUUCCUCACUGGCGAAGGAAUAUGAGAGUAUUAGCUGAGAAUAACACUGUUUAUGCCAUUGAUUUACUUGGUUUUGGUGAUUCGGAUAAACCAUCAGAUUUUGCAUACACCAUGGAAUCAUGGGCACAGUUGAUAUUGGAUUUCUUGGAUGAAGUUGUUCAGAAACCAACUGUUUUGGUUGGUAACUCUAUCGGGAGCCUUGCAUGUGUCAUUGCAACCUCAGAGUCGGGAUCUAGCCGGGUUCAAGGGCUGGUGUUACUAAACUGUUCUGGUGGCAUGAACAAUAAGGCAGUUGUUGAUGAUUGGAGAAUUAAGCUACUGUUGCCUUUGUUUUGGUUGAUUGACUUCUUGUUGAACCAGCCAUUUAUUGCUUCAGCAAUUUUCGAGCGCGUCAAACAAAGAGAGACCCUGAAGAAUGUUCUAUUAUCCGUUUAUGGAAAUAAAGAUUCCGUGGAUGACGAUCUAGUAGAGAUCAUCAAAGGACCAGCUGAUGCUGCUGGAGCACUUGACGCUUUCGUGUCUAUUAUCACAGGUCCGCCAGGACCAAACCCAAUUAAGUUGAUGCGAAGAAUUUCGCAACCUGUUCUUGUUUUAUGGGGCAAUGAAGAUCCUUUUACACCACUUGAUGGUCCUGUUGGAAGGUUUUUUUCUUCUCUACCUUCUACUUCACCAAAUAUUACCCUUUCUGUCCUAGAUGGGGUGGGACAUUGUCCUCAUGAUGACAGGCCUGAAUUGGUGCACGAAAAAUUGCUCCCCUGGUUGGCUUCUCUUCCUUCUUCAUGACUCGUGAAGGAUAUGCACAGUAAAGGAAAUUCAGGACUCUUGGAGCAAAAAAUAAAUUCUCUUGCAUCCUAAUUGAUCAUCAAACCGAAGUAGGCUACUUUGCCUUUCAUGAUUUUUAUAUAAACUUUUCACAUUAAGAAAAAGUGUAUAUAUUGGUUGAUCAGUUAUUACAACUUAGUGGAUACUGUGUGGUCAGAUAUCUCCAAUUUGUUGAUUUGAUUCUUUGAGUUGAGGAAAUGAUAGUUAAUACAAGCACACGACACGAUAUGAACCGUUUGGUUUGCGAUGAUAUGGUGUAAUUAUAUAUUGCUUGUCUUUGCAUGAAUGAGCAAUAGCAUAUGUGGUUCAUCUCU